AUGGAUAACCCGCUAGAAGCGUCGUUUUUCGACGGUAGAUUGAAACUUCUGAAUGACAAAUGUCUCACGCUACAGAAGGACGUGCUGGUCGUGCCUUGUUAUCCAGAUAUCUUGAGUGGUGAGUUAGAUUUUUUACUUUUUGUAACUUUAGAUUGAUUGGAGUUUUAAUUAUGGACAAAACUUUCUUUUAUGGCAAUAUUAUACUAAGUAGAUUCUCUACGCUCUUUACCUAUUAUUUUUUAAGAUAUUAGGGAUAUAUGGCUUAUUGUUUUAGGUGGAGAGUUGUACAAAGAGGUAAUGGAUAAUGUUGGAGAAGAAAUCAAAGAAUCGAUAGCACCGUUCUCAAUUUAUGAUCCUGGAAGUUGUAAACUUACUUUUAGUGGAAAUUUAAAGCAGUUUAAACGUAAGUUGUUCUUCUGUUUGAUUUAUAUUCUUAUAGAUAUCAAUAUAAAAAAUUAUAAUUUGUAAAUUAUGUUAUACUGACUUUUCCAAUAGAAGCUUUAGUAAAAAAAUAAAUUAUUGUAGGUCUUGCUCUGUGCAUUUUACCGGAAAUGUUCUCUGAUGAAGGAUUGUCGUUUUUGGAUCGAUUGAAAGUUGCUUUAGCCAUUGCUGAUUCAUUAGAUUUGUCUACGGAAAUGUCGGCUCAAUCAAUUGUCUUCAGUCAUUGGAAUAUAGCUUCAGUUGAGCAAGCUGCCGAGAUUUUGCUUUUGUGUAUAGCUAAAUGGAUAAGGAGCUCGGUUUAUACUGAUAGGGUAAGAUAUUAUUUUAUUUUAUAGUAGGCACAAUAUCCUAUUUUAAAACAUUAUUAUAAUAGCUUUUUUAGAUAAAGGAGAUUAUCAUUGCUUUGGAAGAUGAACAUAUCUUUGAUAUCUACUUCAACUUGGCUCAACUUAUUGAAGGAGAUCCUUCACUUGUUCUUGAUGUGCUUCAAACGAUGCCAGAAGAGGAACAGUUUGAAGAAGCAGCUGAACGAGAACUUACAGAGCAAUAUCCUCUUGAUCUCACUGAUUCUUCUCAUCUGAAUCUUCAUCCAGUCCAAGUAAAACAAGAGAGAAGACAAUUGUCAGCACCAUUCUUGUUCUACUCCAGGAAUCUAAGUUCUAGUAUCUUAUCGAUUGAACAAACCGACGGAAGCUUGCGACAAUACCGUUUAUCUACGACAAUAAUGGAGAAGAAUACACAUUACUUUAGGUGUUCAAGGUGUGAUCACCUCAACAAGUCUCGACCAGAUUUGGGAAUAUUUCGACCAAAGAUCACUAUCAAGGAUGGAGAUAUUGCUUCGGACAGAUUUCCAAUGCAUCAUCCAAUGUGCGAAGAAGUGUCGAAGUCUCUUUUUGUGGUACAACAAUUGGACAGGAUCUGGAAGACGGUUGCUCCUUAUGAGAAUGCUGAACUUCGAAGCGCCUACACUACUUUGAGAGAUAUUGCUUCGGCUGAUGCUGAAAACUUGUAUAGAGAAAUGGAUACUCCUGCGGGCAGGUUUCCAGAAUGGGAGAUUCUCAAAGCACAAGCUCAGAAAAGUAUGUUAUCUCUUUUUGGUUUUUUGCUACACGCUUCAAAAUUGUAUAAGAGCCUUUGCUAAAAAGUAGUUUUCUAUGUUCGAGAAUAAUAAUAAUGUUUUUCUAGUGCACUCACAGUUUUCGCUGAGAUUGAUUAAGUGUAACCCUGAUAAUGGUAACGAAAUGAAUCCUCAACUCAAUGCUAUACGACAAGUUGAAGGUGAAUUGGAUGGAGAAAAGGCACCAGGAAACGUAGCCUGGUUAUCAGAGACAGGAGAAGAAGAACCAGCACCAAUUGUAAAGGUGGAAGAAGAUGAUGAACUAACCGAAGUCUCAAGAGGAAUUCACAGAAGAAAGCCGCCAAUGCGGUACAAAACUGUGUAAGUACAACUUUUUUAUAUUAUUUAUUAGGAUAUUUUAAAAUAACUUUCUUAAAACAUUUUUAAAAUUUUAUGUUUUCAAUUGUCGUUUUACAGGCACGAUCCGAACGCCCAGUAUAAGUUCAGGAUUGUUCGUCCUCGAACUGAGAAUGAGACUCCAAAUGCAUACCUCCAGGCUUUAGCCAAACGAUCUCAAGGACUUUAA